UCAGUGGUGGUAAAUUUUGUUUUUACUCCUCCACUGACGCAGUCCCGCAGUUUCGCUAGAAACUUAAACACCUUAACUCGUGUAAAGUACAUUUUGUAACAAGUCGCGGAUUUAAAAGUAAAAGGGUCUUAGUUCAUUAACUCCUUACGCGGAAUUAUUGUAGCGACAUAGGACGCAACUCUAGAUCGAUCAGAACGCAAUGUUGGUACUCUCUAUUUUAGUCAUGUACUGUUUAAAACACGAGCCGGAGUGCAUUAUCAGGUUUAAAAAAUCGAGGCAAAGUAGAGAGUUUUUAAACCUUAUAACACACGACUGCGAGUUUUUUGAACGGCUUCAAAGUCUCUGAUACAGAUCAACUCUUUCUUGCACUAAUUAAUAUUUAGAUUUGGGGUUAUUUUGAUCUAAAAAAUUGGACGUAUAGUUUAGCGGUGUCUUUAUCAUAUAUAGAGACAUUCAAUACCAUUAAACUUUUUUUAAAUUUUUUUUUCGUUAUGAAUUAUUAAUGAGUUUUUGAAGUAAUGUUUAAAACAUGAACAGUAGCCUUUUAUCAUUGGUUAAAGACUGAAGUAUACGGCUUAAGCGUAUAAUUGCCUUCGUAAUGCGGCUAUCCAAGGAAAGAAAUACCCACAGCUGGUAAAAAACGGUGUGAAGUGUCGUUAAAUCUAACUGCAACGCGUUACAAAGGACAUUAAACUGGUAAGAAGGUUUGUUUGUGACUCAUUUCGCCAUCUCAUUCUUAAAACUUUUAAAAGUCGUAUCUUGAUAUGGUCGAGUUUGGUGUUUUCUUGGUUAAAACUCUUCGUAUUUCAUUUCAGAAAUACGUUCUUACCGGUCAACGGUUUUUUGUUCGUUUUAAGAUGAACAUUUUUUUCUGUCUUCGGUUGCUAGUGUGUGAAUUUUUUUCAGAUUAAGAGGACAAUUCUUUUUAAAACUUCAUGUUUAUGUUCAUCUUUAUCAGCAUUUCAUCGUGUCAGUUAUUCAACCUUGUAAUUCUCCUGAGGCUGAAUUCAAACCCCCUUCCCUGAAUUUUCAGUUUGCCGAAUUUUACCUUGCCUUGUCCUUGAACGGCGUCUUUACAGGCCUUCUCGGUCAAUGCUUGCUUUGACCACCUAACCCGAAACCCAUCGGUCCAUCGGUAAUGAGGCCUAGAGGCUAGCUAGUUAAAAUUUACUUGUUAUAAAAGUCCUUCAAGGGAUUAAAUUCGCAAAGUUAAUGGGACAGUAUGCUUACCUUAUACUGAUGAUAUCUGAAGUUAUAAUUCCACGAUAACCGGUUUUUUAUGAUUUCUGUUUUGCUUGCCCCGACUCUACGCUUGUCAGUUAACCUUAUUCACAGUAUUAAAAUGCUUUUAAAUUUAUAGGACGCAAUUACUGUUUCUUUGGGGAAAUCAAAAAGUUCAUUUGGAGAUGCAGGAAAAGACGAAGUAAAACAAGAACUCAGAGAAGUUGAAUUCCAAGUAACUCAACAUUCAAAUCCACUGGAGACUUCUGCUGACAGUUUGCCUGACAAAACCGAAUCUAUUAGUGGUGAGGUGCAAACUUCUGACAAUUUUGUUAUGCUUGGUUCUAAGACAGUGUUUAAAAUGAGUGCUCUCUGACUUGUAGUGGUAACGGUGGUGAAAUAUGUGUGAAGGAGACAUCCACGGAUUGAAAACGUCAUUCCUGAGGGCAUAUAUAUUAAUGUAUAAUUUAGUUUCCAUUUGUCGGGUUCAAUGUUCUCAAAGAACAUCCUUUGAGCUGAGAAGUAUCUAUCGAGCUAAGAACAAGCUAUUUGAAAAUGCGGAUCAUUACUUGUUUCUUACAGAUACGAAUGAAAACUUAAUUUUAUUUUCAGAGAAAAUCAUGGCGACCUGCGCUUAAUAUCAGUUCAAUUAAUUUGGAUAUUCUGUCUUUAGUCCCUCCAGAACUUGUCGCUAGAGGUCCCUUGCACGUAGCUGCCUACAACAAGGCUAUCAAAGAGGGAAAAAACCGUGUUAUGAGGGUGCCAAUUAUGUUCAUUGGACAAGCGCGAUCUGGAAAGACCAGUUUAAAGAAGUCUUUAAAAAGAGAAAUCUUCAAUGAAGAAGAGCCAAGUACUGAUGGGAUCGAACUCGAUCCUUCUUACUUCAUUGUGACUAAUGAUGUUAUGAGUUUAGAAGAGACAAAAGAGCAGCAAGAUGUUGAAACUGCAGUUUCUUUUCAUAAUAGAGCAGCAAAAUUUAUGGCAGAGGAAAUUAGGCAAAAGUCUAAGAACGAAUCGUCUUUAGGAAAGAGUGACCGCAACAUUGUUUCUCCAAACAGUCCAAAGCUAGAAGAUGUUAAAGCAGGCACUCUUGUGCAAUCUGAAGAGAAUAUUGCUGAGCCGGCUGAAAAGCAAUCAGAAAAGCUGUUUGAGACUGACAAAAAAUUAAACACUAAAAAUCGCUUUGAAAAAGUUCCAGAAAAAACGGUGGCUUGUUUUGUGAAAAUUUCUGAUGAAGCUUACAGGGAAGAUGAGAAUAAAAUUUAUUUCACUCUCUGGGACUUUGGUGGACAGUUAGUUUACUAUGCCACCCACCCAAUAUUUCUCACCGGAAAAGCAAUUUACCUUUUGGUGUACGAUCUCAGCAAAGAUCCAGACGGCAAAGCCGAUGCCAUUAAAAAGCAAGGUGUUUAUGAGUCUAGGGAAGACAGAGAUUGUGGAAAAACCAAUGGAGAUUAUCUUCGCUGUUGGCUGUCCUCGGUCGCUGCUUUAGAAAGCCAAACUACGGGGAACUCGGAGUCCACAAGCCCUGAAAAUUUGCCAGAGAAGCUGCCGCCAGUUAUCUUAGUGUGUACCCACGCUGAUAAGGUCGGUGAGUCAGCCGAGGAAAAAGCUGGCAAAGUAUAUGGCUCUCUAAAGGCAAAAACGUACAGUAAGCAUUUGUCCGAAAAGCACUUUGUGGUGGACAACACCAAGUCUGGUAGUGCAGAUGAGUGCACAGAUGUCCAGGAAUUAAAGAGUUUCCUUGGAAUUGCAAAGCAGCUUCCACACAUGCAGCAGACCAUUCCGAUCAAGUGGCUGCUUUUUGAAGAGGAACUCAAAAAGAAAGAUGAGCCGUUUAUCUUCCUUGAUGAAGCUAGGAGAAUAGCUAAAACAAAUUGUGGAAUUGAUGACGAGCAACAGUUCGUAACUUCGUUAAUCUUCCUACAUGACCAGAGAAUUUUGAUAAAUUUUCAUGACACGGACAAGUUGAAAGACUUGGUGAUUUUAGACCCCCAAUGGUUGAUUGAACUGUUCAGGAACGUGAUCACCGUCAAACGCCAUGACCGUAAAUCAGAUAAGCCGCAGUAUAAAGAAUUGUGGAAAAAGCUUCAAGACAAAGGUGUCCUGGACGAGCAGCUUAUACAGGUUGUAUGGCCGCCCCUCAUUGAAAGAGAUAAGACCAAAGAGAUCCUUAUUGAGAUUAUGGAGAAAUUUUGCCUGUUGUGUCCUUUGCCUUCGGAAAGCGAGGGAAAGCAGUAUCUUGUACCAUCUAUGUUGAUGUCUCCCCCAGGUGAUAAAGCAAACGAGCUGCUUUUACCCGCCAAAAUUCCUCAUCUUUUCAUUCGAUUUAGACGACCAUCUUGUCCAGAUUGUGUUCAAGUGCCCCUUGGUUUGUUUGAACGACUUGUAGUGAAGUUUCUUGCUUGGUGCAACCAAAUGCAGUUUACACCAUUGUACGAAGACAUGUACCAGAACUUUGUUAGAUUUCCUUUCGGCUCCAAAGGAUACUCAAUAAUUCUCUGCUGCAAUUCCUCUUCUGUCCAGGUUGUGGUUUACGGAGAUCCAGUUUCUUCAAGUGAAAAGCCAGAUGUAGCAGAUUGUGAUAGAGUGUUAGACCAGUUAGAAACAGUACUUCAAAGUUUGCGUGAAGAGUGCUUUUGGUUGAAAACCAUAGAAUGGGAAUUUAGUGUAAUCUGCCCUGUUUGCUGUGAGCAACGAUCAGGCAAGUACUAUUGUAAAGGCUGUAAAGAAGAAGAGUCUCUUCACUUCCGGUCAGAGACCGAAUUGCAGGAUGAGCAAGCUCGAAUUUGCAGGAAGGAUACUUUGGCUAAAGAAGAAAUUGUUCCAGUUGAUGGAUUUGCAUUCUGGUUUAAAUCCCUAAGGAAGCAGGUAUGAAAUGAUAUCAAAUUUGAACCCUAAAAUAUAUUAGUUGCGGCUACCUAUUUUUCAAUGUUGACAAUUUUUCAGCUUUUGCGUUGAAAAUAAACUUUAGGUGCAUAGUCUAUCAUGAUGAAAUGUUUUGAUACUUCUUUUUAAAAUUAAUUAUUUAUCUAGACUAUUACUCAUUUCAACAAACUAUUGAUUAAAUAUAGUGUUUGUAAUGGUGAGGUUAACUUAAUUUUUUUUUCUUUUACUGCGUCUAUAUGAAGUGGGUUGAAUUUAGCGAAAAGCUUGUAGGAGCUCUCCCCAAUUACUGCGAAUAAUUAGGUGUCCAUAUUAAGUGGGUGUCCGGAAAGUGAGCUUCCACUGUACUCGGGUGGUUCAAACCUUAAAAGGAUGAUGUGCUGUACUUUAUGCGGUUUUGUACUCACAUUUGUGUUUUCUUUUGUUGUAACAUAAUGAUGGGAAUUGGCAUAAACUAAUUAAUUUCCUCUCUUGAUUGAAAUUUUAGAAUGGUUCUUUACUUUUGAAUAAUUCUGUUCCGUCUGUCUACUUUUUAAAUCGAAUCCCAAGAGUGCAUGGUAAUUUUUCUCAUUUCUCAUUUUCUCAUAAUACUUUGAUUCUUUUCAACAGGAACAGAGUUUUGAUGAAAUCGUGAGUCUCUUUGAUGAAGGUGACUGCUUUACUUUGUUCUUAAUCUCAAGUGGAACGAGAUUAUAGCUUGGAGAGAUUUGCUCGGCCACUUCAGAGUCCUAAAAAGUCCGCUUGGAAGGAGUGGGGGAUGGGGGUGGAGUUGGUAGAGCUUAAGGCGAGGCGGGAAGGGAGACGAAAGACUUCUUCUCCAAUCUACUUAGAUUUUUUGACCUCUCGUUUUUCGCCCCUUCUACUCUUCUUAUACAACUCUAAAGCAGGCUGAUACACUUUUUGACAUUCAAGCUCUGGUCGUUUGAAACACUUUGGUCCAUACAUAAAAAGCACGCAAAGUUCGAUAACUUUAAGUGUUAUGUUUUUGAAGACUACCGUAAAAAUCAGUGCAUGCCUGAAAGCAUAAUUAUUUUCUUAAAAUUUUACAGAUUCCCUAGUGAAGGAGAAGGUUGUGGAUAGAGUGCAAGCUAUGCAGGAGCUCGCGGAUGCAUUAGAUCGGCCCUCAAUCGGUCAUGGUAGUCAAGAACUGCCUCUGAUCCAGUACUGGAAGCAUCUCUUUGAAGAAUUCCGCGAAGCAUUUAACUUGCCACAAGACGUUGCAAAAAAGUGCCAGCUUGCCUCUGAAGAUAGUCCUAGUAGAAACAUGUUCGAACACCUCAAAUCCAAACAACCUGACUUUCUCAUCAGUAAACUCAUAGAGGGACUUCGAGACAUUCAAAGAAACGAUCUUGUGAAAUUGUUGGAACAAUCCCGUUUCCCUAGUAAGUUGUAAAUUCCUUAGCAGUUAAUCUCCUGGUGAGAACAGUACUACUGUUUUUGAAUCUGGUAUUUUAACCUCAAAACAGAAGAAGUAGAUAAAUAUAUUAUUUACCACUCAUCCCAAAAAAUUACAUGGGUACAUUAACAUCCAUGUCAAUAAGAGGCAGAGGCCAGUUGUCGCGUGUCCUUUAAGGGCACAUCGCACCUUUUGGCCGUUUAAGAAAAAAUUGACCCGUGGCUCCUUACACUAUAAAAAAACAAAUAUCGAGCGCAAUUUCCAAAAAUGCCAGUGUGAAACUUCAAAGUGUAAGGACAUUUUUGUAAAUUUAACCUCACCCAACGAUAUAAUGACAUGACCCUUUUUAUGAUACUACAUUCUAUGAAUUUCUCAACGAGCUUUGUGAAAGGGGAGGGCAGUUAUACGAAUUUUGUUAAUGCUUAACUAGUUAUGCGUCAUUCUUAUUAGAUUCCGCAACAUUAGAUGACCUCCUUCAAGACCGUUCGGGAACCUUAGAAAGCCUCUGUCUUGAGCUUGACAUUGAUAGGCAGUGGAAAGCUUUGGGCCAAAAGUGGCCCAAAGACCUUACAACUGAAACUUUGCUGCGAAUCGAGACUCCUUUUAGCUUUACAGAAGCCGUCCUUGAACUCUUGAAAACGCAAAACCAUGGGCUGCCUUUGAAAACGAUUCGAGUUGUCUUGAAAGAAAUAGAAAGAAACGAUGUCUGUAAAGAACUGGAGUGCUUUUCAGGUAUUUUUUAAUCUGCUUUCCUUUCUAACACUGAUUGAAACAGAAAACCAAGGGAUCUUCAAGAAUAUUUGACAAAAACAUGCGCUUUCUCUGACCUCCGAGGCUCCUCCUUUUUUGGAAAGAACUUGUCUUUGGUAGAUAGGUCACCCUCUCAGCCGAGUCAACUUUAGCGAGCGUUUAUAUGCGAAAAAAAGUUGACGGCCCCUUUGUUCGAAGGAGCAGCGGCUCGGGCAUGCUCUGAUUGUCUCACCUUGACCGAGUUGACUUGGCUGGGAUAGCCAAAGUGUUUAUAUGGAGAAACGUUUGCCUGGCUAGGAGGGUGAACAUACCAUUACAAAAGAUUGACCCGACUGGGCGGGUCACCCUUCUAGCUGAGCCAACUUUUUGUUUCUCAUAGAGACGGUUCACUACGUUUUGUAAAGAAAUGUAUGAAAAUUAGCUCACACAGGAUAGCUCGGGUAGGCGGGUGACCCUUCUAGGACAACUUUUAUCAAUAUAAACGAAGCCUAAUAAUAUUUGUGGACUUACCUGGUUUCCUCAACCCCCUCCUUCUCUGGGACUGCUAAUUUUGUUACGGGUGCUUUUAGUAUGAGGUUGUUUUGUCACCCUUUUUUCGUUGUUUUGAUUGAAAGAUGUCACGAUCACGAUCAGGAGCUUAGAGGUUUGUGCUCUUUUUGAGAUCAAACUGACGGUCUCAGUGAUUAUUGUGAAUCGCAGAGUUUCCCCUUGGCUUGACAGUGUUUCGUUCUUUGAAGUGAAUGGUCAGUCAUACGAAUAUUAUGCGAAAAGUCAUGCCUAAAAAAAUGUAAAAGUGAAAAGAAUCGUGAACUCUUGAACAACCCAACGUAUUCAUUCUUGUAAAGCAAAUUAAAAGAAACCAAUGACUUUCAUUUCAUUUUCUCCCAUUCAUGAAGAAAACGACACCGUUGAAACUCUGCUUGAAGACCUUGAGCGACUGGAGAAGGUUACAGUCUUGUUGGAUAAAGACACGCCAGGAAGGAAAAACUGGCGCCAUUUUGCUUCGAAGUUAGAUAUCUCAAGAGAUGCCUGUAAUAAAAUAUCUUUGACGACUAAAGAAUAUCCAAGUCCGUCUAGGAACCUGAUGCAGUUCAUCGUUCAGGUUUGUCCAGGUCUUACAAUGAGAGAUUUUGUACGAACUCUGGUCAAGAUGGAGCGCAUGGAUGUUGUUAAUGUCUUGAAGAAGCACUGCUGUGGUAAGAUAUUAAUCAUAACAUAACGCAUGUCAUCCAGACCCUGAGAUAAAAAGGGGGAGGGGCCGGGUCCCCCGGGCCCCUCCCCUGGAUCCGCCAGUGGUUUUAUCUUUCUUCCUUGUUUUUUGUCCUGUACUUUGUUCCCAAAACUUCCUUUCAUGAAAAUAGGCCAUUUCUUAGUUCCCCCGGGCCUCUGUAUCAAAACGAGGUUAAAUACUUCGCCUUUGAUAUGGAAAUGAUUUUUCAUUGUCAUGCAAAUAAAACCCAUGCAUUUUCACAAGAAAGGUUGUGCACCUGGCCUCAUUUUGAAAGUGAGGGUUUUUUGGAACUCGGAAGAGGCCUAUUGAAAAUCGCUUUGUUAUGGUAACGGUCAGGUUCACGUUUAGUCAUUAUUACUCUUAAUAUCAACUUUUAUUAAUUUCUUUCUUUAAAGAUUCCAUAAACACUGACAGUGCUUCCAUUGACAAAAUUGACAAAAGACGCUCGGGAAUUAAAGAAGACUGAAGAACGUUGAGUGUGUUGCGUGGUAUGCCCUUUGCAAAGCUGUUAAGGAGUAAACAAAUAAAGAAGCAAGCAAGCGAAAUUUGGCGGAAAUUUUCAGUGCAUUAUUUCGCGAUUGAGCUAGCGAUGACAAUAGUUAGUUUUUUUGCUUAAAAGCAAAAGCAAUUUUUCACCACGAUAUCUUACUCUCUUUUAAACUUAUACCUAAUUACGUUAUAAUUUAAUAACAGAAUCAGUCGAUCCGUUUUGGAUCGCGAAAUUAUUGAAGGUUAUUUACAACUGUGACAAACGCGUUUUUAGGCGAAAACCGCUAACGGCAAACGGCUGGGGACCAGGUGAUAAAGCUUUUUUGGUCACGUUUGAGGUUUUCAACGCGGGUUAUGAACGCGGAGAGGUAGGUUUUCGAUUAAGUCAUUUACCUGAGGGAACUGAGCAGUAAAUUUCGAUUUUGGCCACGUAAACAUGUAACCAUUAAUUGUGCGGAGCAAGCUUUUUUAUACAUGUUUAGGAGUCUUUUUACACCAAAAACCGAGCGCGUAUUUAUUUCUGGUUGAAUUAAAAACAACACUGCUGCUGUUCGCAAAUUCAAUAUGGCGACGGCCUCAAGUAAAGACGUGUUGUUUUAGUACUUUGCUUUCUGUGGGUUUUUCUGCAAUAGAAAAAGCCUGUUAUCCUAAGUGUGAUCUCACUUGCUCAUUAAUUGACUUAGACUGUCCAAACUAUUCCUCGAUAAGGGAUAAUUUUUUACUCUAAUAGAGGCUAAAAUCCUUGACGCAACGUUGACGGAAUGCUAAAGUGGAGAAUGGAUCGAACCUCAAACACCAAACGCCAGACAUAAACCCGGGCUUUCACGUCAGCGGUAAAAGGGAAAUGCGUGUUGCUAAAUGCCUCUAAAACCACCAAACAACCUUAGCGUAAGCCAGUUAAGUCGCAAUUUAAUGACCAACUGAUUAUCCUGCGAGCAAGCUCUCUAUUUCGGCGACGGCAGCGUCAAACAUCACUUCGAAUGAAUUCGGUUUUUUCAAAAUUUGUCGCGUUGAUUCGCUCAUAAUUCACUUGCUUUACACGUGAAUUUGCUUGAGAUUAAGGUAUAUAACAAACGUCAAACGCCCGACCUGAAACUGCCGUUUGCGGUUUUCCGUUAAAGCGAAAACCAUGAUGCUAAAUGUCUCUAAUGUCAAAUAUACAGCAAGUCUACUUGGAGUUGAUUUCUUGGGGACCGCACUGAAGUGCAGAAAAGAAAGAAAGAAAGUCGUUCAGUGACGGCAAAGACGACAAAAAAACGUACAAAACGUGUGACUCACGUGCAAAGUUGUUGUUUUGCUCAAUACACUACUGCUUUUUUGAAGUUCUCGUUGCCGUCGCCGUCGUUGUUUCGGGUCCUGGGGCCCGUUUCUCGAAAGUCCCGAUAAUUAACGGGCCCGGUAAGCUGUCUCCG